AUGAACCAGCUACAGGGCCGUCCCGGCCGCCGCUCGGUUGCGCUGGCCGUCUUCGCCCUCGUCACCCUCGUCCUGUGGCGCGGCUUGCGGGAGCGGCCCAAUCCCGCCGCCACCAUUGUGGGAGACGUGCGCUACGUCCCCAGCAGCUUCGACUGGGCCCAGGCGACGCCCUUUUACCCCGUCGUCGACCCCGUAUCCCUCCCCGCCGGCAAGCCCAAGGCUUUCCCCCAGGUCCAGGCCAGGGAUCGUGCCGAGCGCCACGACGACGUCGCCAGGGCUCGCAAGGAGGCGGUCCGCAAGGCCUUUGUCAAGAGCUGGGAGGCCUACAAGAAGCACGCCUGGACCAGGGACGAGCUCAUGCCCCUGUCGGGCAAGGGCCGCCACAGCUUCUCCGGCUGGGCCGCUCAGCUCGUCGAUGCUCUCGACACCCUGUGGAUCAUGGGCUUGGAAGACGACUUUUACCUGGCUGUCAAGGAGGUGGCUGUCACCGACUGGUCCAAGACGCGCGACGGAAAGCCCAUCAACCUCUUUGAGGUGACGAUCCGUUACCUCGGCGGCUUGCUCUCCGCCUACGACCUGUCCCAGGAGCCCGUCCUCAGGGCCAAGGCCGUCGAGCUGGGCGACACCCUCUACGCCGCCUUUGACACGCCCAACCGGCUGCCAACGCAGUGGCUGAGCCUGGAGAAGGCCAAGACGGGCGGGCAAGAGGCCGAGCUGAGCAUGUCGGCGGCGGCCCUCGGGUCGCUGAGCCUUGAGUUUACCCGCCUCAGUCAGAUCACGGGCGACAACAAGUACUACGACGCCACGGAGCGCGUCAAGCAGUUCUUCGGCCGCACCCAGGCCAAGACCAAGGUGCCCGGGCUGUGGCCGCGCGUCAUCAACUACCGCAACGAGAGCGUCGACGCCGUCGUCUUUUCGCUGGGCGCCGGCUCCGACUCGCUGUACGAGUACCUGCCCAAGAUGCACGCCCUGCUCGGCGGCCUCGACCCGCAGUACGAGGACAUGACGAUCCGGGCGCUCGACGCGGCGCGCGACAAGCUGCUGUAUCGGCCCGUGACGCCCAAGGGCGACAACAUCCUCAUGGCCGGCAACGCACACUGGAGCGACGGCGCGACGGCGCUGACGCCCGAGAUGCAGCACCUGACGUGCUUUGCGGGCGGCACCUACGGCCUCGCGGGGCGGCUCCUUGGGCGCCGGCACUACGUGGACCUGGCGUCGCGGCUGGCGGCCGGGUGCGUCUGGGCCUACGACUCGUUCCCGACCAACAUGAUGCCCGAGAUUGCCGAGCUGGUGGCGUGCGAGACGCUCGACGGGCCGUGCCCUCCGGCCGGCGAGACGCUGCGCGCCGGGGGCGGCUUCGGCGACGACCUCCUACCCGGCGGGUUUGUGCGGGUGCGAGACCCGCGCUACCUCCUCCGGCCCGAGGCGGUGGAGAGCGUCUUCUACAUGUGGCGCAUCACGGGCGACCAGGCGUGGCGCGACGCGGCGUGGAGGAUGUGGCAGGGCAUUGUGCGCGAGACGGAGACGGAGCUUGCGUUUGCCUCGAUUGAGGACGUGAGGGUGCACGCCAGUGCCAAGAUGGACUCGAUGGAGACGUUUUGGCUCUCGGAAACGCUCAAGUAUUUCUACCUGAUCUUCGACGACGAGGGCGUCAUCGACCUGGACGAGUGGGUGCUCAACACGGAGGCCCAUCCGUUUAGGCGGCCGGCGGCGAGGUGA